UGUUCGUUUGUUGGGGGCUGGGGGACUGAGCUGGCGUCUCCGAAAUGAGCCGGGCACGCAGACGCUGGAGCAAGGCGGUGGCUGUGGGCGUCCGUGACUUUCUUCUGCCUAUUUAUCUCCUCCUACGUUGUGCCUCCCCCUACCGCAUCUCGGAGAACAAGGCCUCUGCUUCCUCUAAGGAUACUCACACCCAAGGAUCAUGGACUCCUUCAGGAGGGGAAGUGAGCGUUACCUCUGAGGCCACCUUGACGAUCCCUCGGGUCUCUGGUCUUCCAGGAAGUCAUUGGAGGGAGAGAACCACGAUAGUCUAGGCCAGUGCUCUCCAAUAUCGCAUCCAUCAAAUGCUUGAAAUGUCCUUUUUCAAAGUCACAGACACAAAGAGAGCUUUAAUACCUCUGGAGAGAGAGAGCGCAGACACAGGAAGGCACGAAUAUGAGCAUUUCUCUGCGGGUAAACCCGAGUGGAAGCCCAACAAUGGGCGAGCCACGUGACUACGUGCGGACUUGAUAUAUUUGUUUAUUACAACAUGAUGACCGUGUAGCAUUGACUAACGUUUCUGUUGCUGGUUCCUGAUCGUGGUGGUUCCUGUCUCUGGAUGUAUGGGCUUCUCCUGCUUGGCGCUCCCUGGGACUUCUGGUCUCCUAAGACCCUCUUGAUCUGGGAUGGGGGGCAGUGAGGGUGUCCGAGGGCUGGAGGGUCCUGGAUCGCUGAAAAGAGGAGGCUGACCUCUCCUCCCCCUACCCCCAACCCACAGAUUUCCUCAUCUUCCAUGACACCUUCCGGUGGGUGGGGAUGUGUGUGGGCAAACUGGCAGACUGGGAACCAUGGAGUCUGAGGAAAUCUACACGAAGAAGAAGGUCAAGAUGCAGGCGGCAGCCUUCAAAGACAAGAAACAGAGGGCCCCAGUCGAUAAGGAAGGUGCAGAUAACCCUGACUAUGAGAAUAUCACCUUGACCUUCAGAAACCAGGACCAGCUGAAGGGCAGGCAUUCACCAUCCAAGGAUCAGCACAAGCAGCCACCUGUCAACACACACCGCGCAGCCUUGGGAGGGGCCCAUGUCCCCACCCUGUCUAGGCGGCCCUCAGACUCCGCCCAGAUCCCUCAUUGUCUGCACAGAGCCCUUAUGAGCCUGCACGUCAUUCUCAUCCUGUCCUGUGUCAUUCUCUUGGCAGUGGUCCUGGCAAAGAAUUCUGAGAUGUCCCGGGAGUUGCUGGUCUUGAAGAGGGAGCUCUGGAAUGUCUCCACCUCGGUGCACGAGUGUCAGAAGGAGCAGAAUCAGGGCUGGAGCUCGGUCCGGCAGCUCGUCAGGGAGGCCAAGCAGGACAUUAUUGUGGUCAAGAGAGAUGUCCAGGCCGAGGGUGAUAAAGUGAAGACGCUAUCAGCAGACAUGAAACAAAUCAAGAAUAAGUUAGAAGAAAUCUCCAAGGCCCUGGAGAAGAGCCCAAGCUCAUAGACCUCAACAGAUGGAGAGACCUCGAAGACCCGGCUGCACCUCCCAGUGAAGCCGGCCACAUGUGUGUAUCAUGGUGUGUUGUGAGCGUAAUGCAUGGCACAGUGGGGGGCUGUGUCAGCAAGGACCCCCAAAAGAGUGUCACUGGGAAUGCGGGUGUUGGUAACAUGGGGAGCCCGGUGACCACGUGCGAGUGUCCUGUGGUAUGUUGUAUAAAUGUGUCCUGGUGGAGCUGUGUGGGGGGCACCCUGUGCACCACUAUGAUUGUGGUCUCACCGUUGUGUGCUGUCAUUGCUUGUGUUGGUGUGAACAGGCGUGUGCCAAGAUGUGUGACUGAUCAUGUCAUCGAGGGUGUUCAGAGCCUGUACACAUGUAUGCCCCUUUGUUUCUGCACUCACGGUUUGUGAUUUGUGAGGAUAAAGGCCAAUGCAAAAGAA